AUGCCCGAGGGCCAGGAGGCGCCUGCCUCUCCCCAGGCGUUUCGGAGCAGCCCGGACAGGGACUCGUCGGGACCCGCAGCCUGCCCGCCGCCCCAGCUCCCGGCCCCGGGGCCCCCGGAGUCCCCGGCCCCUCGUCGGGGCGCCAUCCGCGCCAGCUUCCCGCAGAAGCUGGCGGAGGCGCUGAGCAGCCAGUAUGGGCUGAACGUGUUCGUGGCGGGGCUGCUGUUCCUGCUGGCCUGGGCCGUGCACGCCUCGGGCGUGGGCAAGAGCGACCUGCUGUGCUUCCUCACGGCGCUCAUGCUGCUGCAGCUGCUCUGGAUGCUGUGGUACGUGGGCCGCAGCUCCGCGCACCGCCGCCUCAAGGACACGCACGCCGGCGCGCGCUGGCUCCGCGGUAGUAUCACGUUGUUUGCAGUCAUUACCGUCAUCCUGGGAUGCCUUAAAAUUGGGUACUUCGUUGGAUUUUCUGAAUGUUUAUCAGCCACAGAAGGAGUUUUCCCUGUUACCCAUGCGGUACAUACUCUGUUGCAGGUGUACUUUCUUUGGGGGCACGCAAAGGAUAUCAUCCAAUCUUUCAAAACACUGGAAAGGUUUGGGGUGAUCCACUCAGUGUUCACCAACCUGCUUCUUUGGGCGAACAGCAUCCUGAAUGAGUCAAAGCACCAACUUAACGAGCACAAGGAACGGCUCAUCACCCUGGGCUUCGGGAACAUAACAAUAGUUUUAGAUGACCACACGCCUCCAUGUAACUGCACACCCCCAACCCUCUGCUCUGCCAUCUCCCACGGGAUCUACUACCUCUACCCUUUCAACAUAGAAUAUCAGAUACUGGCCUCCACGAUGCUCUACGUCCUGUGGAAAAACAUCGGGCGCAAAGUUGACAGUCAUCAGCGUCAGAAGAUGCAGUUCAGGUCUCACGGGGUCAUGCUGGGCUCGGUACUGGGCCUGACCGCACUGGCUGCCACCAUUGGGGUUGUGGUGGUGUAUCUGAUUUGGAUCGGGCGUUCCAAAACCGGGAGCGAGUCAGCACUCAUCAUGUUCUACCUGUAUGCCAUCAUCUUGCUCGUACUCAUGGGGGCGGCAGGGCUGGCUGGGAUCCGGAUUUAUAGGCUAGAUGAGCAAUCACUAGACGAGUCCAAAAAUCCGGCCCGCAAACUGGACGCAGACCUGUUGGUGGGCACUGCCUCCGGCUCCUGGCUCAUCUCCUGGGGCUCCAUCCUGGCCAUCCUCUGUGCCGAGUCCUGCCCCCUGUACACCUGGUACAACCUGCCCUACUCCAUCCUGGUGGUUGUUGAGAAGUACAUCCAGAACCUCUUCAUCAUUGAGUCCAUUCACCGAGAGCCGGAGAAGCUCUCCAAGGACAUCAGAACCCUGCAGGUGGUCACAGUCUGCAAUGGCAAUGCCACAUCCCUCCCUUCUUCUUGCUUCGAGAGCAGACCUGCAGCCGGGGACGUGGCUCCCCAGGACAGCGAGAUGCCACAUGCAGCCAAUGGAAAUAUGUGUCUGAGAGAAGUUGGUAGCAAAGAGGAAGAGGAGAAGAGCUGGGAAGGGGCCCUGGACCCAGCCUGCCACGCCCAUUUCCUGCAGGGCAAUGCCCAAAGAAGAGUCUUAAGGAAUAUUGCAGCCUUUUUGUUCCUCUGCAAUAUUUCGCUCUGGAUCCCUCCCGCCUUUGGCUGCCGCCCCGAGUAUGACAAUGGAUUGGAGGAAAUUGUCUUUGGCUUUGAACCCUGGAUAAUAGUGGUCAACCUGGCCAUGCCUUUUUCUAUUUUCUACCGAAUGCACGCAGCUGCCUCCCUCUUUGAGGUCUAUUGUAAGAUAUAAUCUGUAUCCACAUCAAAGACUGAGGAGAGAGCUAACAAGAGAAUUCAGUGGAGCCACCUGGGAAAGGCGAGGUCGGGCAAAUAUUGCCUUACAAAUGGGAGAAGGGCUGCCUUUUGUCUGCGAUAAUUGUUUUUCCCAUGAGCUGGAAUUGCCCAUCACCCUGGAUGAGUGUAAACCAGUUAGAUCAAAAUCUGAGAUGGCUGAAGUCUGCCCUUGGUUAGUUAAUUCUAAUUGAACCUAAAUUAUUUGAUCUCCUUCGAAAUGAGAUCCUCUGUUUUAGAAUAAUGUGAUUUCAGGUUGGAAAAAAAUAUAUCCAGUUUGUUUUUCAUUAAAAUAUUUUCUGUUAUCAUGUUACUGUAUACAACC